AUGUCUUGUAUCUGUCUACCAGGUCCAUGGGAGUGUGAGUACAGUUAUGGGGGAGAGGCUGACCUUCACAGACAUUACACCAGGUGUACGAAGAAUCCCGGUCACAAGAACUUUAUACCUGUAGACAAGUUCUGUAUAGAAGAUCUCCCCGAAGAUUACCGUGACAAGGUUGUAAUCAACUAUAUCCGAGCAGUGUCAGACCUGACAGUUCGUGUGAAAGUCGAGUAUGUCAGUGACAAGAGACCAGAAACUGUUCCUGGAAUUCGCAAGUCUUAUCCAGGUUACAGUUUCAGAGGUCAGCGGAGGGCAACUGUGGGAACAGGGGGUGUUUUUUCCAUCAAAUUCUCAAACGAAGAGGAAGGCCAAACGUGUAAAUGUAAGGUGUGUAGGAUCUCUUCUACACCAGAGACAAACUUUGCUAUAAUUACCAUACACACAGCAACCCACGUGGUCUUUGACGACCUUGAGGGAGAACACACCACGUGCCAUCUGUUCUUUGAUCGAGGAGGUACCCCAGACGCUUGUAGCGGUGUCGUCGCACUGACUGGCAUGUCCCGUGUGUUAAAUGAGGUUAUUAAAGAUAUUUGUCUUAUUGAGUAUCAUACUCAUAACCUGGAUCUGGCUCACAGACUUGAAAAGACAAUCAUGGAGAUACAUGAACUAAUGUUACACUCCUACAAUCAAACACCUAAUAUGACCAAACUCAAACAUUGUCGCAGUAUUCAAGACAGGCAGCCACUGUUAUUUAUGGUGUCCCAUCCUCACGGAUGUAGCAAACAGGUCAGUCUGGGUCGCUGGACAAGUGCAGAUGUUUCAAACAGACUUAUUUUGUCCUUUCAAUACAGUACGUCUACAUGUCCAGGAUCUAGUGGAGCUCGAAUUUGUGUAUUUCCCGAGCUUUCAACCAAAGGUGUCAAUUUGUCUACAUAUACAUUAUUUUUGCCUUCGCUUAGAGCUCAUUGUGGGGCUUCUUUCAUGCAGCUUGGAGAAAGCUUUGGCCGCGUCUAUGAGGGUCAGUACGCAUUUUUGUAUUUGUAG